CUUGAAACACUGCGUUUUAACUUUUUGUUUUCAUAAUUACAUACAUACAUAUGUGUUGUGGAUGUGAAUGCAGAUUGAAUUUCUCCAAUUUUGUAGCCCGCGCACAGUAGAUUACACACAUAGGCAAGAUGUCGAAGGUAUAUCUAACGCCCGUCUCUGUGUUUCUAAUCUUCCAAUUUACCUUUAUUGGCACAUAUAUAUUGGCUGUCCUGGAGGGACAUGUUGUACCCACUGUUCCAUAUAUAAGUGAUGCUGCCACAUAUUCACCGGAAAGUUGCGUUUUUGGCCAACUAAUUAACAUCGGGAGUGUUCUAUUGGGAAUCACCAUUUAUAUACGAUAUCGACAAGUUCUACAAUUAUAUGAGCAUAAUCCGGACUUGGGUACCGCUGUAUUGCGUCAUAAUCGUGUUGCUCUAUGGUUUGGAAUGAUCUCCUGUCUGGGCAUUAGUAUUGUUGGAAAUUUCCAGGAAACGAAUGUCAGAAUGGUUCACUUUAUCGGAGCAUUCUUUUGCUUUGGUUGCGGCUCCUUAUACUUUUGGGUGCAAGCAUUAAUCUCGUACUUAAUCUUCCCGAUGGCCGGAACAAGACUUUUUGCCCACUUACGCUUAGCCAUGUCCGUGGGCUGCACCAUUCUCUUUAUUCUAAUGGCCGUCACUGGUGUCAUGUCGCACAUUCUCUUUAAGGGUGAAAAUCCACGAAAAUGGUAUCCAUCUGAUGGUGGCUGGUAUUUCCAUGUGGUAAGCUCCAUUUCUGAAUGGGUAAUGGCCACAAUUUUCAGUUUUUAUAUAUUAAGUUUUACAAAUGAAUUUCGCGAUAUAUCAUUUGAUCAUCCACCGAUUUCCUUGCUAUCAUUCACAAUGACAGUGUAGAUGCAUUGCACAUAUAUACAUCAUCGAUGUAGCUUAUGUUUAAAAUACAUAUUUGUUAACACUUUCUUUCUUUAAUAGCCACAAGUCAAGAUAGAAUUUCUCGCAAGCCUUCUAUAAAUAUGGAACCUAUUUCCUUUGUCAAAGCUAGUAGUUCUAAAAGUUCUAUUGAAUAGCAUACAGAUUUACAUAUAUAUAAAUCUCUGAAAUGUUAUAAAUGAAUUAUUUCGGCAGUCUUGGCCUCAAUUAAUUUGUAUAAGCUUGUAAAAUGAAAUUGUUUUUGAAUAUAUAAACAAAUAAGCGUUUAUUGUUCGAUUUCUAAAGACUUCGAUCUCAAAAAAUCAAAAAGUCCCAAUGAAUAUGUUUUCCUGUAAA